AUGCACAUUCAUCAAACAUUCAAACUAUCCUGCUGGCCAACAAAGAACCCUGCAGAGGAGAAGGAUCUGAGGAAGUUCCACUUAAUGAAAAUUAAAAAGCAAAAAGAAGAAAGGCAAAAACAACUGAAGGAGGCAGAAUAUCAGAAAGAGAUGGCCAAGAAACAGAAGAAAGCGGCGGAGCUUCUUCUGAAGGAUCUUACCAAGAAAGAGUCAAAAGAGGCAGAGUUUCUGAAGGUCCAGCCAAAAAAUGAGAAGAUAAAGGGCACUGAGGAUGAGGAGGAGCUGAAGAAGACUUCAAAGGAUACUAUUGAACAGAAAGGACUUGGACUAAAGACGCAUUUAAUAAGAAUUAAAAAGGAAAAAGAAGCAAUGCGAAAAGAGCUAAAGAAGGAGGAGCUUCAAAAUGAGAUGGAGAAGAAACAGGCAAGAGGAGUGGAGCUUCUGAAGGAGACUACUCAGAAAUGGCAAAAGCAGGCCAAGCUUCUAAAGCAAAUGAUUCGGGAGAAGGAUGAGGCGGAGCUUCAGAAGGAGGUGCUUAGAAAGGCACACAAGGAGGCUGGGCUUAGGGACAUGAUUCAUCAGGAAAAAGUGACUGAGGUAGAGCUGAGGAAGACUUCCAAGGACACUAAAGAACAGAAAGGACUUAAGAAGGAAAAAGAAGCAAUGCGAAAAGAGCUAAAGAAGGAGGAGCUUCACAAUGAGAUGGAAAGUACACAGAAAUGGCAGAAACAGGCGGAGCUUCGAAAGCAAAUGAUUCGGCAGAAAACAAAUGUGAAUACAAAGGCAGAAAAAGGGGCAGAGCUGAAGGAGAUGAUUAAUAAGAAAUCACGAAAAGAGCCGAGGAUUCAGAAGAUGUGGAAUCCUGAUGAGGACAUUAAGCCUGUGAGGCCCAUGAAGGUUAUGAAGAAAGAAGGAAACCAGCAAGAGAGAUGGUGGGAGGAAGAAAGGAAUGAAGAUGGGACCAAAUGGAGGUUCCUUGAACACAGGGGACCGUUGUUUCCUGCGGAAUAUCAACCAUUUCCCGAUGAUGUCAACUUCCUCUCAGACUGGAGAAGGGAGAUGACCUCAGAGGAGAGGAUGUUGAUAACGGAUCUGAAUAAGUGUGAUUUCUUCAAGCUCUUCGACCUGAACAAGAGGACGGUGGAUGCCCAAUAUAACAUGAGCAAGGAGGAGAAACAGGCCAUCACAGAGGCCAAUAAGAGGCUUACGGAAGAGUAUUGCUACUACACUCUGAACCAGCACCGUGAACGCAUCGAAAACUUCCAGAUUGAGCCCCCGGGCCUCUUCUGCGGCCGAGGGGACCACCCCAAAGAGGGGAUGCUGAAGAGGAGGAUUCAGCCUGAGGAUGUCAUCAUCAACUGCAGCAGACAGGCACAAAUCCCAGAGCCCCCUGCUGGUCACCAGUGGAAGGAAGUCCGCCAUGACAACACUGUCACAUGGCUAGCCAGCUGGACAGAGAACAUUCAGGGCGCCGGCAGAUAUAUCAAGCUUAACGCUAGUUCCAAACCUCAGGGGGAGAAGGACUGGGAGAAGUAUGAGCUGGCCCGGACACUGAACUCAUACAUAGACCAGAUCCGGUCCCAGUACUACCAGGACAUGGACUCCGCAGAGAUGGUGAUUCGGCAGAGAGCCACCGCUCUCUACUUCAUUGACAAACUGGCCCAGAGUGUGGGGAGUGAAAAGAAUGUGAGCUGCUCCUCGCUCUGUGUGAAGAACAUCACUCUGCACAAAGAGCGCAAUGGAAAUGAGUACAUGGUCGAGUUUGACUUCCUUCGCAAAGACCUCAUCCGCUCCUACGACAAAGUGCCCGUCACAAAGAGGGUCUAUAAAAACCUCGAGAACUUCAUGGAGAACAAGGAGACGGGAGACAAAUUGUUCGACCUACUGACCUCAUCCACUCUAAAUGACUACAUCAGCUCUCUGAUGCCCGGUCUGACUGGCGAAGUUUUUAGAACAUACAAUUCCUCAGUUGCCCUGCAGAAGAGCCUGAGGGAACUGUCCUGCUUGUCAGAUGGCCAGGCUGAGAAGCUGCUUGUCUACAACAGGGCAAACCCUGCAGCUGCAGUUCACUGUAACCACCAGCAGGCGGAUACAAAGAACUUUGACCAGUCCAUGGCAGGACUGUAUGCCAAGAUUGACAGUAUGACACAGGAGCUCGUCCAGGCCAAGACUAAGCUGACAGUAGUCAUAUGGAAUGCCAAGGGCUGCCCCAAUAGCAAGUGGCAUGUUAAGGUUAAGAAAAAGCGGAAAGCAACACGCCAGCUUGAGAACCAGCUACUGAAGCUGAGCAUUCAGGCCAUUGGCAGAGAGGAGGGCAGGCAGAUCAGCCUGAGCACCUUCAAAAGCAACUACCUGGACCCCCGCAUCACCAUCGCCUGGUGA